AUGCUCCAAAUUCUGUUGAGUUUUCGGAUCGGUGAGAUUGGUAUAGUGGCAGAUAUUGAAAAGGCGUUUUUGCAAGUGGUAUUAGCAGAGAGUGAAAGGAACAGUCAUCGUUUUAUUUGGUUUUCUCAAAACGAAGACUUAACUACCGAUUUCUCAUCUGAAGCAGAGUAUCGCAUGACUCGUGUCACCUUCGGAGUUUCCUCUAGUCCAUUUUUGCUAUCUGCCACAAUAGCUCUUCACCUCAGUGAGCAAUCGAAGGAGUUUCCGGAGACGUGUAACAUACUGAGUAGGUCUUUUUAUAUGGAUGAUCUUGUUUCAAGCGUGAAUAGUCAAAGCGAUGCGGAGAAAUUUUGUAAGGAGGCUAGCGAAGUAUUCAAUCGAGCAUAUAUGAAUUUAAGAAAAUGGCGUUGCAAUAGUUCUGAUAUUCAAAAUUCUCUCGAAUUAACCAACGAUUUGGUCCAUUCUGUUUUGGGUGUCCUAUGGAACGUGCACAGCGACGAGUUGAUGAUUAAUCUUAAUUUGGAUUAUUUGAAAACGAUGGCACUACCUACAAAGCGCAACUUAUUAAAACUUAUAGCGCGAGUGUUCGAUCCUUUAGGCUUUUUAAAUCCAAUUUUAAUAAAGUUAAAAAUCUUAUUUCAGACUUUGUGGCGCGAUAAGCUGAAUUGGGACGAGCCAUUAGACGCAGAAUCCAGCCAAAAAUAUUUAGCGUGCGUAAAGGACUUAGAACUAGUUCCCGAAUUUUCAAUGCCUAGAUGGCUUGGAAUUAAAGCUGAUUUGACAUCGAUUGAAAUGCACAUAUUCGCCGAUGCGAGCCAGAAAGCCUUUGGAGCCGUUGCAUUUCUAAGACUGCAGAAUACAAGUUUUGAAAUUGAUCUGAAUUUCGUGUGUGCUAAAGCCCGAGUUGCGCCGCUGAAAGAAAACAAGGUAGAUGAUCUCAGCUUGCCGAAGUUAGAACUUACAGCCGCCUUGGUUGCCGCCAGACUUGGUUCUUAUUUAAAGAAGUCAAAUAUACCAUUUAAUAGACUUUUUUUGUGGACAGACUCGCAGAUCGCUCUACAUUGGAUUCAAGGAGAUGCUCGCAAAUGGAAGCCGUACGUGUUUACCCGCGUUAAGGAAAUACAAGAGCUUACCGAUGUAAACGACUGGCGUCACUGUUCGGGGAAAGAAAACCCUGCAGAUUUGUUAACGAGAGGUAUAUCUGCAGAUAAAUUUUGUUCUUCGUCGCUGUGGAAAGAAGGUUCAUCUUGGCUGAAGGAGGACCAAAGUUGUUGGCCGGCUGUAAAUGUUGUUGCCGUUGAGGAUGUUGCUGUUAUGUUGUUGCCUGUUCAAAGAGAAGAUGUUGCUGCUACUACUAAAUAUUCAGACCCGUUGUUGCUGCCUGAAACCGAGGGAAAAAGUAUUUCUCGAUCAUCAACCCUCCUCACGCUUAAUCCAUUUGUUGACGACCAAGGUUUGCUUCGUGUAGGAAGUAGACUUACGCAGCUAGACGAGCCGCUAGAUGUUAUAAGUCCAGUCAUUCUUCCCAAGGGUAGCUAUUUGAGCAAAUUGAUCGCUACUUAUUGCCAUGAAUGUUCCUUGCACGGUGGAGUUAAUACUGUGCUAGUUCGGCUGCGUGAAAAGUUUUGGCUGCCAGGUGGACGGCAGUUGAUCAAAAAAGUCAUCGCAUCUUGCCGUCUUUGUCAGAGGCUCAGGGGAAAGGCUGCCUCCCAACCCUUUGCCCCUUUACCAAGAGAUCGACUUCAAACAUCUAGACCUUUUGAGACUGUUGGAGUGGAUUUCGCCGGCCCUCUAUAUACACAUUCAGAUGGGACCCAAAGCAAGGUGUACAUAAUGAUAUUUACGUGCGCAGUUGUUCGUGCAGUACAUUUGGAGCUUGUACUGAACUUGACUACGGAAUGCUGUCUUUUAGCCAUACGACGUUUUAUAUCGAGGAGGGGCUGUCCGAAAACCAUAUACUCAGAUAAUGCGAAAACAUUUAAAAAAGCUGCAACCGAUUCAAAAAUUUUGGGAGAUGUUUUCAACAGCGAGAUCUUCAAUGGAUUCCUUAGUAAUCGUGGAAUAAACUGGAAAUUUAGCGUGGAAAGAGCACCGUGGUGGGGCGGAUUUUGGGAGAGAUUAGUAAAGAGUGUGAAAGAUGUUCUCAAAAUCACAAUUUGGAAGGCGAAAAUUAACAAUGAAGAGCUUUAUACCCUUCUAACUGAAGCUGAGCGGAUUAUUAAUAUGAGGCCCCUUACGUACAUUAGCGACGAUCCUAUGGACUUGGCUCCUUUGACACCUGAAAGUUUUCUUAUCACUUGCUCCAAGGUAACUGAUAACGAGAGCACCGGCCAAGCGAUUGCUUCUGAUCUUCGAAGUAAAUGGAAAUCGAGAUUGCAGCACACAUCUCUCAUAUGGAAGAGAUGGAAAGCUGAAUAUUUGAAGCUUUUACGUUCAGCUCAUCAUUCCGCUCAUACCUUUUCUAAAGAAAUUCAGCUUGGUGACGUUGUGCUGGUAUAUGAUGCCAGUACUCCUCGUAUUCACUGGAAACUAGCAAUAGUCGAGACCUGUUACCCCGGAAGAGACAAUAAAAUUCGAUCGUGUGAAGUUCGUUUUGCUGACGGCAGGAGGUUUAGACGCGCAAUUCAACUUUUGUACCCACUGGAGAUCCGCCAGCUGGCCCGCUCGGAGGAUGUUGAAAAUUAA